AAGUUUUUCCAGAAAAGCGGCUGAUUUUCCGGAAAAACUGGCCAGUCUAGACACAGCCCUCUUGCCACCUGCUUUCCUCCCACUCAUUAACUUGCCUUCCAGACAGCCUGGCUCUUCCUUCCUGCCUGUUCUUUAGAAUCAGGCUCCAUGAUCCUGGAGGGGUAGGGGUUUCAACUAAGUGACUUCUUCCUGCCCUAGAAGUUCCUCUGAGUCACGACACUCCUUGAAGCAUGAAGACAUAAACAUCCAUGUAUGAACAGUAUGAUGCAUCUAACCUGUCUAUAAAACUGAUGAAAUCUCCUAGGAAACAAGGCAAAAAGUAAAAAGGCCCCAUACGUCCGUGUUUCCCCCCUCCCUAAAACACACAAGAUACUUGAGGCCCCAGCCUCCAUCUGCUGCCCUUUGUAGUUCAUUAGGUUUUUUUUUUCUUUAUCUGCAACAACAGCAGCCUGUUGUCAACAAGGUUAAACAAACAACCUGCUGAUAAAAUGACUUCCAGGUUGCUCUUUCCAAGGCCAGAGUUUACAGGCUGUUUUGCUACUGGUCUCUUGCUCCAGACAAGGUCUGUGUGUGUGUGUGAACUCUUUGGCAAUGACACCUGUCAUAUAGCAUUGCAUGAUUACACACCUGGGGCCUUGGUGCCAUGGUACGGGCUGGGUUAAUGACUUUGUUUAUACUGUUGGGUAAUCCAGAUAAGAAAGCCACUCAAUCUGCCAUCCCAUCCCAUCCUCCUGGCCCUAACUGGCACUUUCAUUGAGAAAACCUUUAUCUGCACCAGUGGAAGCUCCACUUCCCCAGCCAAUCAGUACUGAGUUGAGUUGUUUUUCAAUGAACGGUGCUUAGUUAAAGAGAGGUCAAGGCUGCUAAGGGGGUGUUUCACUUAGAGUCUUAUAAAUAGAGCCAGGAAUAACAGCCAAAGGUAUAAGAGAGGUGACCGACCUGGGAGCAGCAGGCUGCAGUCAGAGAGCUUUGACUGAUACAGCAGCCUUUGCAAGGGACCAGGCGUGCUCACAGAUCCACCCAGCCAGGUGCACAAGAGUCUCAUCCUCCUUGGGACCUGACGGGAUCCACUGGCCAGGCUCAGCAAUGACUACAUGCAGCAUGGAUCUGGACUAUGAGAAAUGCCAGUGCCACAGUGAGGAGAACCAAAAUGCCAUCCUCUACGCCCUCUUGAGCCAGAACCUGAACCACAACUGGGGCAGCCACAGCCCAUCCCAGCAGCGCUGCCUGUGCCAGAAGCGUCGCACCGUCAGCCUCCGGACACCUCAGCUCACCUGCCAGGCAGCCUCAGAUGUCCUUGUGAAAACAGUCAGCUUCAUGAAGAACCUUCCCUCCUUCCAGCUGCUGCCUCGGGGGGACCAGCUGCUGCUUCUGGACAGCUGCUGGGCUCCACUCUUUAUUCUGGGGCUGGUUCAGGAGAUGGUGACCUUUGAGGUGAUGGAAACCCCAGCCCCGAGCAUGCUCAAGAGGAUCCUUCUCGAUGGCCAAAGGAAGAGACAGGAGCCUGAGAGGGCACAGCCCACCUUAGCUGGCGUGAAGAGGCUACAGUGCUGCCUGAACACAUUCUGGGGCCUGGACCUGAGCCCUAAGGAGUAUGCCUAUCUGAAAGGAGCCAUUCUCUUUAACCCUGAUGUCCCAGGUCUCAGAGCCUCUCUGUACAUCGAGAGCCUCCAACGGGAAGCACAGCGAGCGCUCCGAGAAGUCCUAGUGCCCCUGCACCCAGAAGACCAGGGCCGCUUUGCCCGCAUCUUGCUGAUUGCCUCCACCUUGAGAUCCAUUCCUCCUGCACUUAUCACAGACCUCUUCUUUCGACCCAUCAUUGGCAAUGCAGACAUUAUUGAGGUGAUCACAGAAAUGCUGUAUGAAAUAACCAGCCGGCGACUGACUCUUUCGUCACACACAGCCUCUUGAGAGAUCACAUUCAGGGCCACCCUCACAUGCGCCUCCUGAGCACUGAGUUGAGUUUCAAGGGACAAUAACAUUAAUAUGAUGUGGGGAUUUGGUGGGAAAGAUACUGUGGACUUUCAAACACACCUGGUUUUGUGUGUGUAUUUCACUUGGGCUCAGGCAACAGCUUCAGCAGUUGAAAAGUGCAGCUAAGCCACAUUCUAGAACAUAGCUCUUAUUUAUUCAGCCCCUGUACAAACUGAACUCAUAAAGCCAAAUCAUUUCUGAAGUGUGUGUGAUUUUACUAUUUCACUGCACAGUAAAGUAGAAAAAAAAGCAUGGCCAAUGUCCUUGAAACAGUCCUUGCAAAAUAAACCUCUGGGCUGACAUUUUCCCUAGGAAAUAUGCAGAUCAGAGAAGCACUUCUUUGAGAAAGGAGGAGAUUGAAGCCAGGGCUUUGUACAGAAUGGAGUUUCCCAGUUUUACAUGAUAAAAUUUCCAGAGAAAGACUCUGUUACAUACACACACACACUCACAAUCUGAUUUUUAGAUGGGCUCAGCACUCAGUCAGCCUUUUAGAUGUUGCUCAGCACCUCUGAAAACAGGCCUGCAAUAAAUGAUGGCUGUGUCUACACUGGCAAGUUAUUCCGGAAAAUC